GCCAACCAUAACAAGAAAAAUCAAUCUCUCUCUCUAGAGAAGACUUUCUCUCUCCAGUUCUUGAUUUUCCGGUGUAUGUCAACACCGGAUAUUAAAAAUUAAUUCUGAUCAAAGAAACAUGGGAAGUAGUUUCUUUGGUAAACCAAACAUGAGAGGAUCUUCGCCGUCUUCAUCGUCUCCAACAUCGUCUUCUUCAUCCCCGGCGACGAGAAGAGGGAAGAAGAAUGGUUCCGAGAAGCCAAAGCAGCCACAGAGAGGUCUCGGAGUUGCACAGCUGGAGAAAAUUAGAUUACACAGCGAGAUGAGUUGCAACAGCUUCGACAAUUACAGUUCUUCUUUGUAUCCUCAGGAGAAUGUGAGGAUGCAAGGAGAAUAUUCAUCCAUACCAUCAUCAUCGCCAUCCUUUACAUAUGUAUCACCAUCACCAUCACCAUCUUAUGGCCUCUAUCCAAAUAUGAUGAUAGAUGCACAUAGAGAUCAAUACGAGAGAGCAACCAUGAGUUGGAACCCAAGCUACGGCAUCUUAGAGAGCCACCAUUAUUUGGAACCAAACACCACCAGACAUAUAUUGAACGGGGAUCCAUGUUUUACAAGGCGAAGUAAAUCGUUGGGAUCAGGAAACCAAAACUCGGGAUCGAAUGACAAUCAAGAGCUAGAUUUGGAGUUGAGAUUGUCACUCUAAUCAUUUGUAAUAGUUUGCUUAUCAUGAAAUUGGAAACAAGUCGCGCAUUGUGAUUAUGCCUUUUUAUAUAUUCUCUGUUGUUUUGCUGAAAAUAAAAUCGAAGCAACAACAGCUGAAUAUAUUCGGUUUGGAGGUAUCUA